AUUUAAGGCUAGUGAUUUUUCAGAUUUGACAAAUGAAUAAAUAUUGGAAUUUGAUUCAUAUAUUUAAUUUAAUGAAAAACUGGUGUGAAUAUAUUUUAUGAGUGCUGAUGAUUUUCAGUACUUUUUAAUUAUAUAUUACGAUUGUGCUUAAGAUUUACAUGGUUAAUUACGUCAGGGAAUUAAAUAUUUUGAAGGUUACGUUUUGACAUUUUUUGACAGACAAGAAUAUGCGAGCAUCGCAUUUUAGAUCAUAAUUAUCUAGAAAAAAGUGGUAGUAUCCUGUUUUGCAAGAAAUAAUUCAUUCUUUGCUUUAAAUAGUUGAUUAUUUCAUGAAAAGUGUUUUAUGAAUAAAAUUUUUGUUAUUUUAUAAUCAACUAUUGAAAGGUGUGUCAUGUUAGCUCAUCUCUUGUAGUUCUUUAUUUAUUGUAUAUAUGACAACAAUUUAGAGGUUAGAAAGAAGUGACGAUUGUUCAUUUAAUUAGAAAAAAAAGGACAAAUUAUAGAAAUUGUCAAACGAAUCUUUAUAAACAAUGGCAGCGGGAACAACUUUACAGAAAGCCAUCGAUUUAGUCACUAAAGCUACUGAGGAAGAUAAAAAGAAGAAUUACGAAGAGGCUCUCAGGCUUUAUGAACAUGCUGUAGAAUAUUUUCUUCAUUCUCUUAAAUAUGAAGCACAAGGUGAUAGAGCAAAGGAGAGCAUCCGAUCAAAAUGUAAUCAGUAUUUAGAUCGUGCUGAGAAAUUAAAGGCACAUUUGAAAAAGGGAAAGAAAAAACCUGUUAAGGCUGGUGAAGAUGAUUCAAAAAGUGAAGAUAAAAAAAGUGACAGUGGCGAUAGUGAUACAGACAGCGAUCCAGAGAAAAAGAAAUUACAAACCAAACUAGAAGGCGCUAUAAUAAUGGAAAAACCAAAUAUUAAAUGGAGCGAUGUUGCUGGUCUUGAUUUAGCUAAAGAAGCAUUAAAGGAAGCUGUUAUCUUGCCUAUUCGAUUUCCUCAUUUGUUCACGGGGAAACGAGUUCCCUGGAAGGGAAUAUUACUAUUUGGGCCUCCAGGUACUGGUAAAUCAUAUUUAGCAAAAGCAGUAGCCACAGAAGCUGAUAAUUCGACAUUCUUUUCUGUUUCUUCGUCUGAUUUGGUGAGCAAAUGGCUUGGAGAAUCUGAAAAACUUGUGAAAAAUUUAUUUGAAUUGGCUCGACAUCACAAACCUAGUAUCAUUUUUAUCGACGAAGUUGAUUCUCUUUGUUCGUCACGAUCCGAUAACGAAUCCGAAUCGGCACGACGAAUAAAAACUGAAUUUCUAGUACAAAUGCAAGGCGUGGGAAAUGACAAUGACGGUAUUCUAGUCCUUGGAGCGACCAAUAUUCCUUGGGUUUUGGAUUCGGCUAUUCGAAGAAGAUUCGAAAAGAGGAUUUACAUUCCUCUACCGGAAUUACAAGCGCGAGCAAUAAUGUUUAAAUUACAUUUGGGAAAUACGUCACAUUGUUUGAGUGAUGAACAUUUUAAAGAACUUGCAGGCGCCACUGAAGGAUAUUCAGGAGCUGACAUAAGUAUCAUCGUUAGGGAUGCUUUAAUGCAACCGGUUCGACAAGUACAGACUGCGACUCAUUUUAAAAAAGUUCGUGGUCCAUCGCCUAAAGAUCCGUCCACAAUUGUCAAUGAUCUUCUCACUCCAUGUUCGCCUGGCGAUCCUGAUGCUAUUGAAAUGAAUUGGAUGGACGUGGAAGGGGACAAAUUAUAUGAACCUCCAGUUACAAUGAGAGAUAUGAUGAAAUCGUUGUCGACAACUCGACCAACAGUCAACGAGGAGGAUAUGGCGAAAUUAGAAAAGUUCAAGGAAGACUUUGGCCAAGAAGGUUGAUAUUAUUGGUAUUUGGCGAGAGAACAAGAGUUUUCAGGCACACGAAUACUUGAGUUGAUCACGCUUGCCUUAUUCCCUUCCUGGACAUCACUCUUUCUCACGACAAUUGAAUCGUCGUACCAUCUAGAAAGUAUAUCUCUUUGUCUCUUACAAUUUUACAGCAAGAGAUUUAAUUGCUAAAUACCACUUGUACAUUAUCUUUAUAGUUUUCUUUUCCUCCUCCUCCUUUCUCUCUCUCAGGUCGAAAACUCGUCGACACAUAAUAAAUAAGAAAGAUACUAUUUUUUGAGAUAAACGAACUUCGGACCUUUUAAAUGUCUUCUUUUUUUAAUCGCUGUACACUGUGUAGUGGAAUUAAAAAAAUAAAUAAAUGUACGAAGGACUGGAGAAAUUCGAAAAAAUGGAUUAUGCAUGAUAUAUAUAUAAAGGUACAGAUUAGAUAGGAAUUUUAAGAUAAAGUUGAUAAUAGAAGAAAGUAGAAUGUAAAACUGAUAGAUUCAAUGCUAAUGCAUAUUAAUCAUAUUUAACAUUUUAUUACAAAUUUUGUUACGCAUUUUUACUUUGCAGUUUAUCAGAUGGACUGAGAAAAAUUUUUUGCUAAAGAUCGCUUUUGAAAUGAAAGACAAAAAAAAAAAAGAGUUAUUUGAUCCACUUAAAAACUCUUAUACACCGAUGUAAAUGUAUGUGUGUUAUAAAUAAUCAGGACACUUGUUCUUAUGUAAAUUAUUUUUAUUGUUAACUAAAUAAAUAACAACUUAGACAUA